ACCGUCGGGGACACCUAACCCCGCUAACCUGAUGCAAUAGAGCAGAAUCCUGAGCAACAGUCAGCUAACACGAGAUAACUACUCAUUUAUUCGCGUUUUAAAGGUGGAUUUAAGGUGGUAGUGUUUGUGUUCAUGGGGUCAGACUCGAAUAGAACUGAUGGUGAGGGUGUUUAGGAUAAUCUGGUAGGAUUUGGGGGAAGGACAGCUCGAUUACGCGUAUUUUUGAGCCAUCCUGCUGCAGGCAGGCCCCCCUCACUCAGUGACGCCGAUUCAGAGAGACGGUAGCUAGGCUAGGCUAGUUUGGGCUGAGUGUGCUGUACUGUGUUUCCCUGCCGAAACAGCCCACGUCUCUCUUUUGUGUUUUUUUUCUCUAUUUCUGUUUAAUUUAACAUUAAUUUAAAGCCAUGCCCAAAGUGAAGAGGAGUAGGAAGCCUCCACCAGACGGCUGGGAGCUGAUUGAGCCGACUUUAGACGAGCUGGAUCAGAAAAUGAGGGAAGCUGAAACUGAGCCUCAUGAGGGAAAACGUAAAGUGGAGUCUCUGUGGCCGAUUUUCAGACUUCACCACCAGCGGAGCCGCUAUAUCUUCGACCUGUUCUACAAAAGAAAGGCCAUCAGUAGAGAGCUGUAUGAAUACUGCAUAAGAGAGGGAUACGCCGACAAAAACCUCAUAGCAAAGUGGAAGAAACAGGGCUACGAAAACCUCUGCUGCCUUCGCUGCAUUCAGACACGUGACACCAACUUCGGCACAAACUGCAUAUGUCGAGUUCCUAAAGGAAAACUCGAAGUGGGUCGGAUCAUUGAGUGCACUCACUGUGGGUGCAGAGGAUGCUCCGGAUAAUCAAGGGCUUGUAUUUCAUUUCUGGGAUGUUGGGGCUCAAAACAUUUUGAUUUCUUUGAUUUUAAAAGUGUCUGCUUGCUUUCAUUCCGGAUUGUCUGUAAGUGAAUGUAGAAAUGUUCAUCAUUUGUGUAUUUUGUGAAAAUGUCAUUUUUAUUCAAAUUACCUUCAAAAACCUUUAAAAUGUGCUCUUUACUUUGUUCAUUUUGUAAAAUAAAAUCCUUGUUGUAAA